AUGGUAUACAACUUAUAUGCUCUGUCUAUCUCCUUGCACCAGUGGUGGUAUUCUGUACAACUCCGAUCCGACCCUAGCCUACGAUCGUCAGUCUAUGGCGUUGGCCAAGUUGCCAUGGCCAUGGCCAAGGACAAGGGCAAGGCUGAGAUACGCCCAGACGAUAAGAAAUCGGCAUUUGGCCCCGCGGGGCGAGCAGUGUGA